AUUUUGCGAACGAGCUAUCGUGAGAAGCUUGCCACUGUCGGCAGAAUUGAAUGAAUACAUCUCAUCCAGGCGCAGCUUUACGCAUCGCAUGAAACAAGUUACGGUCGCCGACGCUUAUAGAUCUCUUGUCAGGGAUUAAUCGGUUGCUUUCCGACAUCAGGCUUCACAGCAGCCGGCUCCUAGAGACACGGACGCUUUUCUGCAAUGCUCAGGUCUUCCCUGGGGUCCGUAUGCCUGGCAUGCCGCAUAUCAGGCAAUGCCGGCGCGGCUCCCGGAGCUGUUGCCUAUAGACCGCAGCUCUCCACCGCUAUACGAGGCUCUACGAUACAAUUGCAGUCUUCUCUAUCCUUUUCAACAAGUAAUGCGCGACAAGCUACGCGCCGAGAGCGGACGCCGUCACGCAUGGUCCUCUCCGACCGCGUCGGCCGCUCAACAGCUAGAGAUGGCGACAAGAAACCUAGACGGCGGGUUGAUGGCCCAUUUGCUGGCAUGAAUCGCACUGUCGCCAAUUUCGACCCCGAGACCAGAUCGAAGCUCUCGAGAGACAACAGCAAUAACAACAGGAGUAGCAAGAACGGCAGAGAAGGAGGCAAGAAACUGGGCCGCGACGGCAAGGGCUUCAAGGCACUCAACAUGCAGCGCAGUUUGGCGAGCAUUGGCUACGGGCACAGGACAACCGUCAAAGCCAAGAUGCAGGAAGUCGAUUCUUUUGACCAGUUUGACUUGCUUCCGCAGGUCAAGGAUGCUGUGCUCAACGAAGCCCUAAAGGGCAUGCUUGAUAUCAAACCUACUCCGGUGCAGCGUCUGGCCAUACCCGCUCUUCUUGGCCAGACCACGGGCGCUCGCUCACGCUGGAGGACAAAAUCAAAGCCGGCCGACUCUGGCAGUGAGGCUGCGUCUCCUGAUGCUCCCCCUCCUCCCCGUGAGGAGUUUUUGCUCGCUGCCGAGACGGGCUCUGGAAAGACGCUGGCCUACCUCGUUCCGGCCUUUAACGCGCUGAAGGAAGCCGAGGCUAGUGACCCGGACAUAAUCGCGUACAACCAGCGACGUGCGGAGGAACGAGCGCUCCUGGCCAAGAACCCAGGGUCCAAGAUCAAGACCCGUCCGGAACCCCAUCCCACCAUGUCUCGGCCCCGCGUUGUGAUCUUGGUGCCGACGGCUGAGCUCGUCGACCAGGUCGGCCGCGUCGCCAAAUCACUAUCACACGUCGCAAAGGCGCGCACUCGUAUGAUCUCAGCCAACAUGUCGGCAACCAUGAUAGAGAAUGACGUUUUCUCUCCGGCAGGCAUCGAUAUUCUCAUCUCGACGCCGCAUCUUCUGGCCUCGAUAGCGGAAUCACAUCCUAAUAUCCUUUCCCGUGUCUCGCAUCUCGUGGUCGAUGAAGCAGACUCACUGCUUGACCGCAGCUUCAGCGAAGUCACCACGCCAAUCAUCGAUCGCGCCCUGCCAUCAAUCCGCCAGCUUGUGCUCUGUUCAGCUACGAUCCCAAGGCGCCUAGACAACUACCUGGCUUCUCGCUUCCCCAACAUGCGGCGUAUCACCACACCCAACCUACACGCCAUCCCCCGUCGCGUUCAGCUCGGUGUUAUCGACGUGGCUCGCGACCCGUACCGCGGCAACAAGAACAUUGCAUGUGCCGAUGCCAUUUGGUCCAUAGGCAAGGAAGCUGGUCGUCACGAGGGUCCCGUCAAGGGCCAGGUAGAUGUUCGCCGCAUCAUGGUCUUUGUCAACGAGCGUGAGAAGACGCAAGAAGUGGCCGAGUACCUCAAAUCGAAGGGCAUCGACGCCGUUGCUCUCCACCGUGACACAUCGGAGGAGCGCCAGUCCGAAAUGCUUGCCUCCUUUACAUCGAACGAGACCAUGAGCAUUCCGACCCCUGAGGGCGGAGUCGCCGGCAGCCCCCGGAGCAGUCGCACGCUGCCCAACACCAAAGUCAUUGUGGCCACCGAUUUGGCAUCAAGAGGAAUCGACACUCUGGCGGUGCGCCACGUUGUUCUCUACGACGUCCCCCACACCACAAUUGACUUUAUCCACCGUCUUGGCCGCGCCGGUCGUAUGGGCCGUCGUGGACGCGGUAUUGUGCUUGUCGGUAACGAUGACCGCAAGGAUAUUGUUGCAGAAGUGAAGGAGAGCAUGUUCAUGGGACAAGCUUUGGUGUAAAAAUGUAUAAAAUGUAAACAAAGAUUUUAAGUUUUGUAUUCCCUUUGUGGGCGCUUGUUCACAUUCAUGUAUCAACAGUUAGAAAAAGAGAGCGGUGGCAUCAGGACUUGUACCGGUAGACAUAUGUAUCAUUACUAUAUUUGUUCUGAAUAAGAAUCAAACGAUCACAGAAAAAGUGUGUAUAUAGGUUGUAUCAAGUUUGGUUUGUGGAUAGUACGUGGUAUUGAUUUACGUGAAAGACAAUGUUUUGAUGCAAUGGAAUCACAUGCAUGAAGGGCGAU